AUGGUGAAGAAAAAGAAAACAAUCCUUGCCCUCGGAGAUACAGGUUGUGGAAAGAGUUUAUUUGGCAAAAUACUGUUUGGUUUCGAAGCCGUGUCUGAAAAUAGCGCUAAUAGCGGAACAGCGACAGUAGAAUUUUAUGAAAACAACGAAUUUAUCUACGUCGAUACUCCUGGAUUUAACGAUACAAAGGGCAUCACGGACAAACAGACUUUCCUGGAAAUUAUGAGGAAAUUUGAAAGAAGAUCCACAAACAGUGUCUAUGAGAUUAACUCGAUCCUGUGGUUCUGUAGGCCGGAUUCAAAAGCAACAAAUUCAUUACAACGCCAGGCGAAAUUCAUCCAUCAAUUUUUCGAUUAUAACAACGGAUACGUGGAUGAUCUUUGGAACUGUGUUUUAAUUGUGUUUAAAGGCCUUAUUCUCCUCGACGACCAGACCCAUGGACCGAAAGAAGCCGCCAAAAUUAUGCAUCGUAAGGAUAAUAUUGAGGUGAAUCACUUUGGAUGCCUCAUUACCAAUAUCGAAGAAAAUACUGCUAGUAUUAAAGAAGGUUUCAGAAACUUGCCUGGUAUGCUUACGAAAGAACAAGCUAAGAUUGAAGUCCUCAAUAUCAUCAAUCGUCAUUCGCCGAUUCAAAUACACUUUAAAAAGGAAAAAUGCACCAAAUGCAGCCUCGUAAUUGAUCCAAGAGUAGCCAGUCCUAACUGUCAUGGUGAUCUCAUGCGCAAAAGUGAACAAGUGGAACAUAGUGGAAGGUAUGUGAAUGGGGGGGCUGGACUUGCUACAUUUGGAUUGUAUACCGCGGUCGGUGCCGUUGUCGGUAAUGUCCCGGGCGCUGUAGUUGGAGGAGCAGUUGGACUAGUUGGAGCUGCGAUUAGUGAAUUGCUGGAUAAGAAAACAUGGAGCUGUUGUGGUAAAAGUGAUUUUAAUUCCAAAUGUAAUCCACUUGAAUACGAUGUAUGUAGGAUUUGUGAUCAGACGAGAAUAUAUACUAAUCGUUGUAGUGACACAUCUGAACAUGAUUUUUAA